AUGUGGGGGAUAAGAACAUCGACCACAAAAUGCAGCAGCGGCUCGCCGCACCGAGAGAAGAAGCGGCGGGACGAGGAGGCGUCCGGCGGGUUCAGCGCCGCCCUGCACAGGACGCCGCCGCCGCCGCCGCCGGCGCUGCUUCGGCGGCUGGGCGUCAAGGAAACCACCGGCGUGGGGAAGCCAUGGGAAAGGACAUCGACCACAAAAUGCAGCAGUGGCUCGCCGCACCGAGAGAAGAGGCGGCGGGACGAGGAGGCGUCCGGCGGGUUCAGCGCCGCCCUGCACAGGACGCCGCCGCCGCCGCCGCCGGCGCUGCUCCGGCGGCUGGGCGUCAAGGAAACCACCGGCGUGGGGAAGGUCAAAGUGAUGCUCCGAGUGGGCGCGCCUGGCGAGGGUCCGUUCACCAGCGGCUCGCAGACCUUCUCGCUGGACAAGCGCAAGAAGCAAGUCAGCCUGUGCGAGAACCAACCGGCGGCGGCGGCGGCGCCCGAAGACCGGCGGGUCGGCGUGGCCGCGCCCAAGAUGUUCGCGUUUGAUGCCAUCUUCUCGCAAGAUGACUCUCAGACCGAGAUAUGCGCCAGCGCACUGACGGACGUGAUCCACGCGGUCAUCAACGGGACGGACGGUUGCCUCUUCUGCUUUGGACACGCGGGACUUGGUAAAUCCUACACAAUGUUGGGGCGACCGGACGCCACGGCAUCCCUGGGCGCGAUCCCAUGCGCCAUCUCGUGGCUGUUCCGUGGCAUCGCGGAGCAACGCCACAAGUGCGGGACCCGGUUCUCCGUCCGGGUGUCCGCUGUGGAGCUGUGCACGAACACCAACCAGAUCAGGGACUUGCUGGCGCCGUAUCAGAACGACACAGAGCAGUCGCCAGGGGUGUACCUCCGAGACGACCCGCUCUUCGGCACCCACCUUCAGAACCAGUCCGAGCUGCGUGUGCACAGCGCAGAGAAAGCGGCCUUCUACCUGGAUGCAGCCCUGGCCACGAGGGGGCAGAGGGAAGAGGGCAAGGACAGUCACCUGCUGUACACCCUGCAUGUGUACCAGUACAGCGUGGGAGGAAAAGGCGCUGUUGCCGGAGGGCGGAGCCGUCUCCAUCUUAUCGACUUAGGAAACUCGGAACGAGGAAAAACAAAUGGUGGAAUCCCCUUAUCAGGCUUAGGAAAUAUAUUAUUAGCUAUAUUCAACGGUCAAAGACACUUGCCUUACAGAGAUCACAACCUAACGCACGUCUUAAAAGAAUGCCUCGGGUCUCUAACCUGUCACACAGCUAUGAUAGUCCACGUAUCGCCAAACACACAAAAUUACUCGGACACAUUGACAACACUGCAGUUAGCGUCGAGAAUACACAGGCUGCGGCGACGGAAAGUUAAGUAUUCUUCAAAUAAUAACGCUGGAUCUGGAGGAAGCUCGGGAGAAGACGCUUCCAAGCCAAGCAGUAGUGAGCCUGAUCCCUCUAGUAGUGACUUAUCAGCAGACACUGUCAUCUACGUAGGUCCCAUGGAUGAUGCCACAGAUGGAGAGCAUCCUCCAGUUUAUAUACCCCAUAUUAACUCUGGUGACAAUCGAUGUGUACUAAGUAAAGCUUUAAGAGGCUCAGCAGCAGAACAAAAACACAAAUCGUCCCUUUCAAAAGUUAUUGAAGAAAAAAGUCCAGUGCAUAAAUUACAUGGAUCACCUAAAGCCUCGCCCUUAAAAACUGCAAUGCCAAGUCAUACCCCUAAAGCAUCUCCGGUUCAUUCAGUGACAUCGAAGACAACGCCUUUGAAAAAAGCUUGUUCUAAACAGUUUUCUGAGGAAGGCAAAAGCACAAGCGAUGAACAAUGGAUUGAUGGGCCUAGAAUAUCAAAAUCCAAGUUAGUAGAGGCACGACACAUAAUCAAGGAAACUCAAAGCAAAAAACGAGAAACUUGGAUUGACGGGCCUAUGCAAGAACCAAAGCUUCCAUCACAAUUUGAGCCUCAGCCAAUACAGCCUAGUCCUAUACCUCUCCAAAUUGGGGUACUAGGAUCCCAUGGAAAUGAAGCUUUAGGCUAUGGAUACAUGGAUAAUCACAAGAAGAACAUGAUACGGAAAUGGGUUGAAAACCAAACAUCACAAAUACAUAAAUCUAGACAUAAUUCUCCAAGCCAUAAAGUUCACAAAGACCCUCGAUUGCCCGAUGAGCCAGAAACAUCACAUAGAAUGGAACCUGUUAUUAGAGAUACUGUAAGGCGAGUACAUGUUGAAGAGUCUACUAUAAGGACUGGCUUAAAAGCUGGUUCAAAAGGAAUGGCAAUUGAAGAAGAAAAUGUUCCUCCUUCAAAUGAUUCAAAACGAAAUAGCACUUCAAAAUCAUCAAACAAAAAUGAACCAGAAGAAGAUGAUGACAGUGAAGAAUCAGCAGAAAUUCCACCAGCAUUGCCUUUGAUACAACCGAGUAGCUUAAGCAGCAGAGAAGUAUCAAUGGAAAGCUUAGACAGCAAAUAUAAAGAAAGGCUGAGAAUGGAUGACGAACUCCUUUCAAAUCACAGUAGAGACCUGGACCAUCUUGGUUUAAGCAAAGGUCCAGCGGAUGAUGAAGAUGAAAUCCUAGAAAUAAUUGAAGUUGAGGAACCGCUGGAACCUGUCCCCAUGCAAGACUGCUGCCUUCAAGUUACUGAAGAAGACAUUGCAUUUUGUAUGGGUUUCUCUGAAAAUCCUUUACCUGAAGUUGAUCAAGAAGAUGAUGAUCAUCCACUUAGGAUUUUAAGUCAAGAAAAUUUAACUGUCGCUUCAACGUUUACAGACACUCUAUCUUUGUAUAGUGAAGUAGAACGUCAGAUAAGGAACGAGGCAUAUCUUAGACAAACCAUGGGUUUUUAUGGAGAAAAUUUUAUGUGUGAGCCAAUGGGUGACAUAAAUCCCCAUCAAAGCUUACAAUCAUCGAGAUCAAGGAUUGACGAGCUUAUAGGCUUAACUGAACUGUAUGGCUCUAGGAGAAUGUUAGAAAAUAGUGAUAUGCCUGUAUCAAGAAUAGCACCGCAAUUUCAAUCAUUAUCUCUUUCAAAUGUCCGUGAUACGGAAGAGUAUCACGGAGACGGUUCUGUGUAUAGUGAACCCGCAUACCGGCCUAGUGAUAAAAUAUGUGAUAGUUGUAGGAGAUCUAUGUCUAGACCAGGCAGCGCUGUUGGAGACUGUGAUGCAUAUCAAGAUUUAGAUGUUACUCAUAAUGAUUGUUACGGUCCGUUUGAGAGAUAUCGAGGAAAUGACAUAACCGAUGCGCGGAUAGCGUCUCUGAGGCAUCCGGAUGGCGCUUCGGACCCGAAUUUAAGAGAAGAAAGGAGAAUACCCGGUAGUGGUGCUCCUUCGGCUAAUUCCUUUCGUGAAUUAAAGUCGAAUUUACACCUGGAAGUUUCACCUCCUGUUGUGACUACAGAGCCACGGAUAGAAAAAAACGAAAAGGGAGAUCGAGGUGUAGCAAGAGUCGUGGCAAGCUCUAAGCCUGACGGAUACGAUAGUGGUCAUGAGUCCACACCUCGCACUGGGAAACAUAGUCCUGCGGGGACGUCUCGGCGUGCUGAAUCUGGUUACGACUCUGUUCCCAGAGACUCUGACGCGUCUUCCCUAGACUCAUAUCCAACGCGGAGAGCCGCAGUGGCGCGGGCGCACGCAAAGAAACACACUACGGCUAAGUAUAAGCAGCACAGUGAUAGAUCUUUUUGCUCUUGGCUAAGGAACCCUUUCACUUGCAAAUACGCCGACACUGAUCCUGAAAUUAGUGACUUUUAAGUAGUCUAUAAAACCACUAUCACAACAUCUGUAUGAAAAUAUAAAAUGCUAAGUAAUGUUUACGUAUCAUUAAGCUACGUUACCGAAUUUAAUCUGGAGACUGUUUUUGUACUCUAGAUAUACUCGUGUUUAUAAUAGCUUUGGCAUUGGCGCUAAUCCAAUGAGGUUACCAUUGUAUUUUUCUAAACUUAAAGAAGCUUCUAGUAUCUGUGCUCCAAACUAUUUAGCGUUACUUAGUGAAGACUAGGUUAUCUAAACACUUUUGUAAAGUUAAACGUCUGUUAUGUAACGAACUGCAAAUGGGUCUGGGUAAGUUGGCGGUAUUUUUAAAUGCACUGACUUAAAACUAGAUCAGAUAAAUUGUUUCUUCAUGAUGAUGCUACAAGAGUAACACAAAUUACAGACCACUAAAAACGCCAUUGCUCCAAAGGAACUUGCCCAAUGCCCUUGUUGACUAUCUUGCUCAUUUUGUACUUUUAUACUGUCACUAACGAACAAAACUGUUUCACUUAAUUUUGUAAAACUUUGUAACUACACUGGAGUUGUUGUAGUUUAUAAGUAUACGUUAAAACCCAAAAAUUGAGAUUAUAAGUCUUCCCCUGUCUUCCCCAUCCUGACUUCGCCAUAUCGUGGAAUAAUCGCUCUAUUUUCUAAACUAUCUUAACUGGAACUAACCUCAUUUUCUUGAAGUUAUUCGAUUCUCACUCAAUCGCUUUCCGGAACUUCGUCACUUGAAUAUUUUUCCUAAAUAUCUUUAGAGCUUUAUAUCUUUUACAUUUCGAAAGCGAUUGGAGUGAGGUCAACAUAUUAUCGACUUGAACUCGUUAGUAAUAAGACUGUUGUCUCAUUGGCCAUGUUUUACAUAGCUUUAAUAUUUUGAUAAUGUAACUAUUGAACGUUCCCACUCGUUUUCGGCGAGUCCGUUGUACAUAACUAUCUACUUGAUUGCAAUCAUUAUGGCUUUAUUGAAUGUUGGUGGAUCGGUUAUCGCUUUAUAAUGUCGAUGUUCUGUUAUUAUACAAUUAAUAUUAUAAAUAUAUAUCCUAAAUUCUACUAUGCGUUCGUAUUAGU